CUUUAUAGAUAUGCACAACAUACUGCUGAACAUGGAUGACAAUUCAGUCUUUUCGUAGAUAUUCAUCCAAAUGUUCAGGCAAAAGAGGUGGCAAAAUGAAAGAAAAAAAGUGGAGAUGCCAGGCUGGUUUCUUGGUACAAUUACAGAGAGGGUCAAGCUUCAGUUGGCAGCAAACAGACUGGUAGUCCACAGUUGCAAUGUGCUGAUCACAGAGACCUGCAUCUGUGAACAACAGUUGGUGCAAAAUGGCAAAGUUAUUGACAGGCAUUGCUCAGCUGACCUGGAAUCUAUGACAGAUAGAUGAUAGGUUUUACAUUCCCUAUUAGUUUAACGUUGUCAUGGUGACUGCUGUAUGCAUUCCACCCAGUGCUAAUACCAGUAGAGCUCAUUUGAAUGACAAUUUCAGCUGAGAACAGAACAACCACCAAGAGGCAGUGCAUGUGGUCGCAGGUGAUUUUAACCAUGCUGAUGUGAAAGUCUGAUAUACUAUUAAUGCGGAGUUCCAGAGGCUCAUGGCUGUUCCCCUUGAGCAGACUUCCUUGGCCCAGUUGGACAGGCACUCAAGUCAGCUGAUUAAAGUCAUCCAGGCCAAAGGAGGAGCAACACGUGCAAAAAUGGCUGGCAUCAUGAGAACUUAUGAUGAGGUUGAAGACAUUGGGAUUCAAAGGGAAUGUGUUCUGAAAGGGCUCAUCACCUUUCUUGGAGAAGAUGCAAAAGACCUUAUUAAGGAAUACUGUGGCAGCAGCGGAGAUGAUGCCCAGAUGGAACUCAAACAACUCACCAUGGCAGUGUUUGUGAUUCGGAAGGAGGGAGAGGGAUUGAAAGAACCCCCAGAAGACAUUGGCAUCGUCAUUGAGGGAGUGGAGGUGUUGCAGGACCUGACUUCAGUUGCCUCAGCAUGUGCCCUGCUUCUGGGUUUGAUAUAUUCCCUUAACUUGGCUUAUCCAAAAGCUCUGUGCUUCACAUUUGAAGUGUUCCAAAAAAUCUUCAUGCAGCUUGAGCAGCACAAGAUGUCUCCCAAAGUUGAAAAUUUGUUUGGAAGACUUCAGACCUCACAGUAAAGACACUGGCAUGUUGUGCAACAGGACAGAUUAUCUUCUGUCUUCUUUGUUUUAACAGAAGAGCGCCAUGUUUUGGAAGCUUAACACCUCAAGGAACUGCACUUUGUGAACUUCUUUUGGGACAUGGACCUUACUAGAGGGGCCGCUUUUCAUUGGCUGAUGCCCAUUCUAGGUGGUCACGUGGG